UCAGGAGUCAGCGUGCGUACACUGGUUUCAUUACUAUCCACGAGGAGAGGCUUCCCACGAAAACCGAUUCAAAGUCAGUUUAGAGGCGGAAAAGGUCCGAUGGUUUGUAGCUAUUGUCACGGGAUGCGCUUCCUCCAAAAAGGCCAAAAAGUAAACAGAUAUCGGGGUGGAAGCUAGUGGCAGGAGGGAUGAGAAAAUACUGCCGGUCAAAUAUCGCCACUUCAGUCAACGUUUGUCCUGUUGAAAAAAAAACCUGAUUUUGUUUUUUAAAGAGAGCUCACAAGACAUUCAACAAAGGGAACGGGGAAGAUGGAGAUGCUGUGUUUCCGGUUACCGGGUCACGGGGACACAACCCUGAAGCACAUGAAUUCUCUGAGGUCCCGUCAGCAUUUCUGUGACAUCACCAUAGUGGCCAACAACCAGACAUUCAGGGGGCAUAAGGUUGUACUUGCUGCCUGCUCGCCCUUCUUGAGGGACCAGUUCCUCCUCAACCCAUCCGCCAAGCUUCAGGUGUCAAUGCUGUAUAGCUCCACAGUGGUGUGUGACCUGCUCCAGUCUUGUUACACUGGUGUGCUGCAGUUUAACCCGGAGGACAUCGUCAACUACCUGACCGCUGCCAGCUACCUGCAGAUGGAGCAUAUUGUAGAGCGCUGCCGAGGAGCUCUGAAGAAGUAUGUCCAGCUAAAGAACCCCAGUCCACCGAAGAUGACUGCAGAGGAGGGUCAGUCUCAACCGGUGAUCGUCAGUGGCAGCAUUCAUUCUGUUGCAUCUCCUCCCCCCAGCCGACCCUCCCCUGUGGAUCCACACAGUCCUGUAGUACGACCGGUGGAAGAGAACAACGGCGAUGUGUCUGCUCAGGGCAGCAGUCAACACCACGAUGACAGUCCCGUGCUGGAUGAGCCAUGCAUUAAGGUUAAUGGAUCAGAUGAGGAAGAAACCAGACAGGAGGACUACGAUGUGUUCAGAGUGUACAUUUCCGAAGAGGAGCAGAUGAACAGAGACAGGGAGGAGGAGAAAGGCGCUCCCUCUGAUGCACCUCCAGAUGCUUCUUACCCAGAGACAGAAGGUGUCGUGAUCAGAGGAGAAGGCAGUGAAUUUGACUUGAAUCAAACAGAAGAUCUCAGCACUGGAGGACUUUCAGUGGAGGGGCUCCGCGCUUUCAGAAGGCUGUCUGAGCAUAAAAUUGGCCGGGGCAGAGGGAGAGGCAGGGGGAGGGGUUUCAAAAGGAGAAGGUGGGUGUCAUCUCAGGAGAAAAGAUCCUCAGGCUUGGCUCACCAUCCGGAUUUGUGGUACCUAACAACCGCUGGAUUAGGUGGGGGUAUCGGGUUGGACUACAGCCAAGAAGGGUUGAAGACAGGAAGUUACGUGUCGCUCGAACUCCCGGGGUUAGACUUCAGCAUGGGUGAAGCUCAGGGAGAAAAGGGUUCGCCAAUGGCAGCCAACAGUUUGAACCAGUAUUCCCUGGAGGAAUCUAGUUGUGGUGCCGGCGAGGGGAGUUCAGGGAUGGCAACUGUUGGAACAAAUGAGGGAGGGGACGAGUCCGUCGCAGUUGUCGGGUCCACUUCAAGCGUAGCAGGACCUGUAAUCUGUGAGCACUGCGGCAUGACUUUCCCCUCGGCCCACUCGCUAGCUGUCCACUCCCGCUCCACUCACCUGCUGUACGCCUGCCCCUGCUGUGGCAAACACUUCCACCACUCCGCCAACCUCACCCGACACAUGGCCGUGCACCGGGGCGCUGGCAAAACCCACCAGUGCCCCCUGUGCUAUAAGACUUUUACUCAAAAAUCCACACUGAUAGACCACAUGAACCUCCACAGUGGCGAGCGCCCGCACCACUGCGCCUACUGCCAUGCCCGCUUUGCCCACAAGCCCGCCUUACGACGCCACCUGAAGGAGCAACACGGGAAAACCACGGGGCAGAACUCCCUGCAUGAGCAGGAGGAGAUUGAGAGAGCGAGAGGAGCUGCUGGAAGGAUAAGAGAGGAAGAACAAGAAUGUUUGGUUACUGAACAAGUGUCAUAGGCCAAAGACCGCAAAGUGUCUAAACUAAAGCUGCUCAGGCUCGACAGCGAAUUUCGGAAAGUGCUGUAGAGUGAGGAGAUCAUUCUGUGGGGUCGCAUGUGGAUGUUAAACAAGUGUUGAAAACUGACUACGAGGCCUUUUAAAAAUCUCAGACUGUGAAAAUAAAAGCCCUGUCACAUCACAUGAAAUAUUUUUCAAAGUUGCAUAAGAAUAUGCAUACUAAGUGAUGGAUAUAUGUAAAAAUGACUGAGAUUUUACAGUCCACGACCCGCGUUCACCGAGCCAAACCUUUUUCACAGCAGACAGUUUGACUGGUCAUAAUAGAAAAAGUACAGGUGUUACUAAUAACACUAACGAUUGCUCUGUUCUAGUCAAGUGUCUCGAUCAUAGCUCACAACACUGAGCCAGCACAUGAACCAUAAUUGAACCCUGAAACUGAACAAGCCAAAUGGAAUUCAGCUGUUAUUGAUUUUAUUAUUUCCACCUGUGGCUUUUCCUCCUUUGCCAUGUCAAAAUAUCUGCUAUGACAAAGGCCCAUUGAGUUUAAUGUCUGUUAGAAUAGUUUGAUUAGUUUGACUGAAGACUGUAAUCUUAAACUUGAAUACAUGUAGUACACGUUGAGUGCAAUGCCUGACCACAUUUCAAAGAAAAGAUUAUAUAAACGGUGUAAAUAAAAUAAUUCAAAAGCC